AUUAAAAAAAUGUCUUCAACAUUGGGCGAAAAGAAUUAUUUUGCCAGUUAUUAUGUUCAACUUAAAAAUAGUAUUGAACAUUUCGAUGAAGAAGUGGAAAAAAUUGGACAGUGUAAAAAUGAUUUGGAACGCGUACAUUUUGUAGAGAAUUUCAAGGGUCUCAAUGAGGGACAAGACGAAGCCCUACAGAUACGUCGAGAAUUCCGUGGUAAAAGUGCCGCCAUCGCCCUUGACUUUAAGGAAAAGGGUAAUAUGGCAUUUAAGGCCCAAAAAUGGUUGGAGGCAAUGGUAUUGUACACCAAAAGUUAUGUGGCUCUGCCGGAAGAUAAUGUGAACGAAAAAUCGAUUAUUUUGGCUAAUCGUUCGGCGGCGUUGUAUCAUCUGGAGAAAUACGACGAAGCAAUGAUCGACAUAAAGCGGUCACUGGACUAUGGCUAUCCAAAGGAUUUGUUAUAUAAAUUAUAUGAACGUUUAGCUAGAUGCUACAUGGCCAAGAAGGAUUAUCCAAAUACAAUCAAAUAUUUCAAAUUAAUGAUAACGUCCAUGGAUGAUGCCAAAAAUUUACCAGCUACGCGAAAAUCUCAAUUGAAUACGGUGGCCAUGACAAUGAUAAAAAUGUUGGAACGUGAUCCACGUACCAAUAAACAAAUGGAAAUCAGGAAAAAGAAGGGACUACCAGAGGAGGUGCCACUGUCGCUGGCCAUAGCCGAUGAAAAAGAGUUCAUCAGUGAGGCAAUACGUUUCGAUGAAAAUCGCUGUGAAGGUCGUUUUGUUCGAGCUGCAACCGAUGUUAAGGUUGGUGAUGAAAUUCUGGUAGAGAAACCAUUUGUGGCUGUUCUUUUGGAGAAAUUUGCCAAGACUCAUUGCGAAAAUUGUUUCAUAAGAACUGCAAUUCCCGUGGCCUGUCCCAAGUGUGCUGAUGUGGUUUACUGUUCGGAGAAAUGUCAAAAACGUGCCGCCAAAUCUUAUCACAAAUAUGAAUGCGGUAUUUUACCCACAAUCUGGAGUUCGGGAGCUUCGGUGAAUUGUCACAUGGCUCUUAGAAUUUUGACCAGUAGAUCUAUGGAUCAUUUCUUGGAGGUAUUUGACAAGAUUGACGACAAACUUACUGCAGAUGAGAUUCAAAAAAUACCCAAGGAUGAUUAUCGUCGCAUCGCCCAUUUGGUCAGACAUGAAGAUGAACGUACUGCUUCGAAUUUCUUCCAACAUGCAUUGAUGGCCCGUUUCCUAACGAAAUGCCUAAAAGCGGUGGAGUAUUUUGGUGAAAAUCCCAAAGCUGAAGAUAUUCUCAAAAUUGAAUCGAUUGCAUUGAGAAAUUUGCAAUUUUUACAAUUCAAUACCCACGAAGUUGCUGAACUGCACAAAUCUCAAACGGAUGGUAGUGAGAAGACAGCGUUCAUUGGUGGUGCAUUGUAUCCGACAUUGGCAUUGUUCAAUCAUUCCUGCGAUCCCAGUGUUGUGAGAUAUUAUCGCGGUACCACCAUACACAUUAACAUGAUCAAACCCGUUGAGGCUGGCUUGCAGAUAUGUGAAAAUUAUGGCCCCAUCUAUACUCAGGAAACGCGUAACGAACGUCAGGCCAAACUCAAGGAUUUGUAUAAAUUCGAAUGUUGCUGCGAUGCCUGCCUGGAGAAUUGGCCCACAUUCGAUAAGUUGCCCACAGAUGUUAUCCGAUUCCGUUGUGAUGCACCAAAUAAAUGUAAUGCCGUCAUUGAGGUGCCACCGAACUGCAACGAUUUCAUGGUCAAGUGUUUAACCUGCAACGAGAGUACAAAUAUUCUAAAGGGUCUGAAGGUUAUGCAGGAUACGGAGAUGAUGACACGUACCGCCAAACGUCUAUACGAUACUGGCGACUACUCGAAGGCCCUUAAUAAAUAUGUGGAUUUAAUUAAAAUCAUGUCCGAAGUUUUGGCUCCACCUUUCCCCGAUUAUUGCCAGUGUCAACAAUUCUUGAAAGAUUGUUUCCUACAUUUGGGCAAUUUCUAUAAUUUGGAUUAAAUUGG